AAAAAGCUGAAGCUAAAUGUUUACCAAACACAAAAACAGCUCUUAGCUAUUUUUUAUACCAGCUUUUUUCAGAAUCACCUCAGUAGCAAACCAGGCCUUAGACACGAUUGGUUUAUACUGUUUAGUAUGUGAUUAGUACCUUCUGUUCUGUUUUUUAUUAUUUCAGGUUGUUUUGUUCAUGCACAAAUAUGCUUGAAUGAAGGCUGUUUUUCCUUUCCUUCAUGUUUUAUGUAAACAUUGAUAUGAUUUGAUAAUUAGGUAUCACAGAAAUUGGUUAGGAUUAGGCUAGGUCAAGUAUUCAUAUGUUAAGAUGGAAUAAAUAUACAUGUAUGUGUAAUGAGUCUUCAUAACUGUUUAGAUCGAAAUUCUCCUCCGCAAGCUCACGUCAGUAAACCCCGAAGACCAAUGGUCUGCUGCGGCUGAAAUCCGCCUUCUUGCCAAAGGUAAUGCAGGUAAUCGUGUGGCUAUUGCUGAAGCUGGUGCAAUACCCCUUCUUGUAGGCCUACUUUCAACCCCAGACUCCCGCACCCAAGAGCAUGUCGUGACAGCACUCCUCAACCUUUCCUUAUGCGAAGAUAACAAAGGAAGUAUCAUAUCCUCUGGAGCAGUUCCUGGUAUUGUUCAUGUUCUCAAGAAUGGAGGGAUGGAAGCACGGGAAAAUGCAGCUACGACCCUUUUCAUCCUUUCUAUUGUGGAUGAAAAUAAAGUUAUGAUUGGCGCUUCAGGAGCCAUUCCCCCACUUGUUACGUUGCUGAGUGAAGGUACCCAAGGGAGGAAGAAAGAUGCUGCAAUUGCACUUUUUAACUUGUGCAUUUAUCAUGGUAACAAGGGGAAGGCAGUAAGGGCCGGUGUUGUUUCGACCCUAAUGAAGAUUCUGACAGAACCUGGAGGUGGAAUGGUGGAUGAAAGACUGGCCAUUCUAGCAAUACUGUCUAGCCACCCUGAAGGGAAAGCAGCCAUUGGAGCCGCUGAGGCAGUGCCCGUUUUGGUUGAAGUUAUUGGUACUGGAUCUCUCCGAAACAGAGAAAAUGCGGCUGCAGUUUUGGUGAAUCUUUGUUCUGAAGACCAACAACAUAUAGUAGAGGCUCAGGAACUCGGGGUGAUGAGUUCGUUAUUGGAGUUGGCACAAAAUGGCACAGAUAGAGGAAAGAGAAAGGCUGCACAGUUACUUGAGUUAAAUGAAUCCAUUUGCUGAGCAGCAGACGGGGGACGCAGACGCAGGCACAAGCUGAGGCUCAGUCUGAGACCCAGUCACAAACCCCACAACCUAUCUAUUCGAGGGAAACCUCACAACUUAUUUAUUCGAGGGAAAUCUCACACCUUAUCCAUUUUAGGGAAAACCAAGUAUAACAAGUAUGUAUUGUUAUCAAGUUCGAAAACCUAAUUUUCUUAAGAAGCACUUCUUUUAGAAGCGCUUUUAGUGGUAGGUGCUUCUUCAGAAAACACCAAAUAAUGUUUUUAGAAUUUAGUACCACGUACUAGUUAUCGUUUUCA